AUGUCUUCACUACAACCUGAUCUCUGGGCCGCAGAGUUCGUGACCUUUCCAGCUGCGACAAUCUUUCUUAUUCUGCGCCUAUCCAGUCGUAGGAUCACCAGGGUACACCUUUGGUGGGAUGACUACUUCGCGAUACUCUGCUAUAUCGUCGCCGUGGCGUGGGCCAUAGUACUCCCUAUUUGGAUACGACAUGGCUUUGGUUUACACUCAGAUGAUGUUCAAGGCAUGACCAUAGAAGAAGCAAACUACACGACGAAAAAGUACCUCUUUAUCAUCGAACAUCUCUACGCGUUCACUCUCUUCUUUGCCAAGAUCUCCAUCCUUUCGUUUUAUUGGAGAAUGUUCCGCGUUGCUAAUAUUCAAUUUGCAAUCUCGAUCCUGUUGACCUGCUCCAUUAUUUGGAUCAUUGUGCGAAUCUUUCUGACUACAUUCCACUGUUAUCCAGUAGAGGCAUUCUGGGAUCCUCACAUUGAACAUUUCGUCUGUCCCAUCAAAAGCGCAGACUUCUUUUUCGGCACUGUUCUCGCCCACGUCUUGAUCGAUGUCGGUAUCUUGAUUCUGCCUAUUGUACAGAUCCAGAAGCUUCAGCUUCCUAUCCUUCAGAAGAUAGGUAUAAUCUUCUUAUUCUUAUUUGGUAUCCUGGUGUGCGUGGCCGGUAUGGUCAUCGUUAGUGUAUCUACCCGCUUCAACAACAAGUCAGACGAUAUGACAUACCAACUGGCUCCCGUCAUCAUAUGGGCUUCAGUGGAGCCUGCCUUCCUAUCAUUCGACCGGCCUGCCUAUUUCUCAUGA